GAACCCUUUCUGAGUUGUCUAUGAAUAUUGCAGAUUCACUUGUGAUCUCUGCCACACGUAUUCUCCCAGAUAGUUAAUUGUCUUGCCAUGCACUUCUCAUCGUAUAAAAGCAUCUCUUCCAUUGUCUCAAGCUUGUCACCCACUAAGAAGAUAUCGUCUUGAGAUGGCCCAGAAUCCAAGGGUACAUGAUCUUCUUCUUCUACUCGUGCCCCUGUCAGUGCUCGUUCUCAUGAAUAUUACUGUUGCAGCAGGGCAAAACGCAUCCACAAAUGCAAAACCUUUCACGUUAGUUAACAACUGCAAAGAGAUGAUAUGGCCUGGAAUAAUAACAAAAGGUGACAGCAAUCGUGGUGAAGGUUUUGCUCUCAAACCAGGCCAAACCGCCAUCUACAAUGCUACGGUCGGAUGGAGUGGCCGGAUAUGGGCACGCACCGGUUGUAAUUUUGACAAGACCGGCACUGGAACAUGCCAGACUGGUAGCUGUGGCACCUCCCUGAAUUGCACAGGUCCAAGCAACCCGCCCAACACCAUUGCCGAAUUCACUAUCGGUGAUGAUGUUGAUUUCUACGAUCUUAGCCUUGUGGAUGGUUAUAAUUUGCCUAUAGUUAUUUCUCCUGUUAAUGGCAAAGGAAAUUGUAGCAUUGCUGGUUGCGAAGGAGACCUGAGACAGAAUUGCUCGUCUGAACUGGCUGUUAAGUCCAAUGGGAAGGUCAUUGCUUGCCGGAGCGCUUGUAAUGCAUUCAACACCGAUGAAUAUUGCUGCCGGGGAGCGUUUGCAGAUCCUGCUGCAUGUCAGCCAAGUAACUAUUCCAGGAGUUUUAAACAAGUAUGCCCUGCAGCAUCCAGUUAUGCAUUUGACGACCGAGCAAGCAUCAUAACAUGCUCUGCAUCAGAAUACAUCAUCGUCUUUUGUGCCUCGAGGAAUCAAAGCGUGUGCUCUUAUCACGACAAGAAGCUUGUUUGCAAUACAUCAACUGGUUCGACCGCACCUCCCCUGGACCUAGGAGGAUGGAUUCGGAUGCUGUCACUGUCUAUGUUAUUUAUUUUAAAAAUGAAGUUCUAGCAAUUUCUGUACCAGGCCAACUUAUGGGUUGGUCGCUAAUGAAUUGCAGCUCAACUCAAUUAAUAUUAGCGUCCCCUCUCUUCCAAGA